CCCGGCUAACUGAGAAACUUUGUGUGUCCAUGGUCUUCCAUCGGGUCUCCUUCUGGUUGGAUGUGCCCGGAGGCAUCCUCACUAGAUGCCUGAGCCACCUCAACUGGCUCCUCUCGCUUAGACUCAUAUGAAGAUAUUUUGUUAGGAUCAUUAAAAAUUUCCUUCUAGCCCCGCCCCAUUAGAAUAAAUUCAUCCUGUCAUCUUUAACUGGCAGCAGCUCCCUCUCUGGGAGUCAGAGGGACCCACAGUCCAACUCUUAACUCUCUGGAUGCACGAAGUUCAGCGUUUCUCAUUUUUGUUUAUAAAGUUUUUUUUUAAACUGAAAGAACAGCUGCUGCUCUCAAGGUCAGUAUCAGACAGGAGCUGAGGACAAACCUGAGUGCACGACUGUGACAUUUCAACUGCAGGCAAGUCAUCCGAUCAAUGUGAGCAUGGGGAUCAAAGCUGCUCUUCCCAAGUAUGAGGUCUACUUCUACAGCUCGGUGCUGGCUCUGGCCGUGGUCUGGGCCACCUUCUGGAUCUCUGAGGUGUCCAGCUCCAGCGUAAGCAGAAAAACAUUCAAAGCCAGUUUGAAGCCUGGGUACUUUGGGAGAAAAAUGGACACUGCUGAUUUUGAGUGGAUGAUGUGGUUCUCCACCUUUAGAUCGCACAUCCUGUUUGCGCUCUCUGGUCAUGUGCUGUUCGCCAAAAUCUGCUCCGUGUUGGCUCCACAGUACAGGUCCCUGGUCCACAUGGUGUACGGUCUUCUGGCUGUGUUGACCAGUAUGGGCUGGACCUACAUCGCCCUCGUGCUGUCCCACUGUAUCCUACUCUACAGCGUCUCCUUGGUGAAAAUCCGCUGGCUCUGCUUUGUCACUGGCCUCUGCACCCUCACUACUUUUAAAUGUGAACCCUUUGUGUCCUGGCAGGCAGGCCUUGUGGAGGGAGACUUUGAGCUUCGUCACGUCCUCUUCUACGGAGGCUGUGGGUUCACCAUCAUGCGCUGCAUGAGCUUUGCUUUGGAAAACUGUGAACGGAAAGAUGGGAACUACAACAUCCUAGAGCUGCUCAAGUACAACUUCUACCUCCCGUUUUUUUAUUUUGGUCCCAUCAUGACCUUUGACAACUUUUAUGCACAAGCCAAUAAGUCGGACUUAUCCAGGAAGGAAACGGAGAUGUGGAAUAUCAGGCUGCAGGGCCUGAUCCAUUUAGGAGUCAUAAUCAUGGUGGACAUCUUCUUCCACUUUCUAUACAUCCUCACUAUUCCCGCUGACAUGAAGCUUCUGAAACACCUCUCUGACUGGGCUUUGGUGGGCGUGGCUUACUUCACUCUGGUUUAUGACUGGAUAAAAGCAGCCGUCAUGUUUGGUGUCAUCAGCACUGUGUCCCAGCUGGAUCACCUGGACCCACCGAAACCACCAAAGUGCAUCACUAUGCUCUACGUAUUCGCUGAAACGCAUUUUGACAGAGGGAUUAACGACUGGCUGUGCAAGUACGUUUACAACUAUCUGGGUGGGAGGCACGACGGUGUCCUGGAGGAGCUGCUGGCGACACUUUGCACCUACAGCAUUGUCAUUCUCUGGUUGGGACCCAGUCAGGUGGUUCUGCUCUGGGCCUUCUUCAACUGUUUGGGUCUCAACUUUGAGCUGUGGACCUCUAAGGUCUCCUCCAUGGAGCCGUUUGUCUCCUAUGAGGCAGCGAUGUCAGAAGCUAUGUCCCGACGUGUCAGAGCCGUCUUCAAUACUUUCAACUUCUGGAGCAUCGUGCUGUACAACUCUGUGGCUUUGAACAGCUUGGAGUUCGCCAAGCUGGUCGCCAAACGGCUCCUUCUCAAAGGGUUCCCUGUCACCACCAUCGUUGUGAUGUUUGUGACCUACUGUCUGGUUCAAGUGAUCAAGGAGCUGGAGAGGAGACGGGCGCUCAUCGACGACCCUGAUCCCCUUCCUCCUGCACCAACAGUACACGCUGCAACCGGCCCCACUGCCUCCACGACUCCACCUGCUGCUGCACAGCCAGAGGCAGAUCCCAACAGAGAAAAAGCAGAGUAGACCUUUAACUGUGUAUUGGGGAGUGUUGCACACAUAAUUAUAGCCUAUUAGCUACUAAAAAUGAAUCUACUGUAUUUAACCUAUAAAUACAUUAUAACUAAAUAUUUAUUUCCACUUUUGUGGAAAAUCCUCACUAGUAAUUCUAGUAAUUUAACAUGAAACACACCACUCAGUCUGAAGCAACACCAGAUUUGAUUUAAAUGCAAUAAACAAACUUUUAUUUAUUCAAACCA